AGAAUUAUUAAUUAGUAACCCAUAUGAAUCAUGCAUGCAUACAAGUGCGCUAUGAGCAACCAGCUCGCUAUAAAUUGUUGUGACUUGAUACGACUCUUAUCCACUACAAGCCAAUAUUUCGAAGAAUCUGCCCCGGCCAACAAUGGCGCUAAAAGUUGAAAUUCAUCUGAAAGAGAAUGUCAGGCCAUUUUCCCCAACUCCUCAUUCUCUGAGAAACUAUAAGCUCUCUCAGAUUGAUCAAAUAGAAGGAACUAAUUACACCUCGAUGUUGUUCUUCUACAACUCCGCCGGCGCUCAUCACCAUGACUAUGAUGAGUUGAAACAAUCACUGUCGAAGACGUUGUCCGUCUUUUACCCGGUGGCCGGAAGGGUGAAAGAUGGAAUGACAAUCGAGUGCAACGACGAGGGCGUCGAUUUUGUGCGGGCGAAUGUUACAAACUAUGAUUUGUCUGAUUUAUUCCGGAUUUGUACGGUUGACCAUCUCCGGCAGCUGCUCCCGUUUGAUCCCUAUCCAAUGGAUUUUGAUCCUUCCCAGCCCAUGUUAGGUGUUCAGGUGAACAAAUUCCGAUGCGGCGGAACGGCGCUGGCGAUUUGCAUUUGGCACGGCGUGGCUGAUGCUGCUGCGAUUGGUGGAUUCGUACAGACCUGGUCGGCAAUCAACCGGGGUGAAGGAGGCGGCGGAGGUAAUCUCGUGGUGGACGCCACCGCAAUUUUCCCGCCCGCUCUAAACUUCGACUUCUCUGCCCCAACAUCCGCCGCCGCGAGAUUGGUAAAAUCGAACCAAGGAAAAUACUCAAAGAAACGAUUUGUUUUUCGCAAGGAGGAGAUUGAGCGGAUGAGGGACGAGUAUAUCCUUCCAGAUCGCCGUCGUCCGAGUUCGGUGGAGGCAUUGUCGGCGUUCUUAUGGGCUGCCGUGAUAAGAGCUAACCAAAACGCCAAGAUGCACAUUCUGAUACUAUUCACGGACUUGCGAAAGAGGCUGAAUCCGCCAUUCCAAUCUAUGUGCUUAGGCAACAUCCUCUAUCUGACCGCUGCACGGUGGAUGAGCGACGGACCAGGCGGCGUUACUGCCCAUUCUCUUGUAGGGAAAAUCCGAGAAGCUAUCAUGAAAGUGACGGGCGAGCAUGUGAGCAAAAUUGAAGCUCCAGGUGGGUUGACGACCGAAAUGGAAAAGAUAGCAGCUUUUGGUGUUGAUAAGAUUAAGUUUUUCAUUAUCAGUAGUCUUUGCGGCUUUCCAUUUCAUGAGUUAAAUUUUGGGUGGGGUAAGCCGAUUUGGUUUCUAGCGGCCCCAUUUAAUGUAAUGGACGGCGCUAAUUUGUACAAGACCGGUGAUGGGGGCAUAGAAGCGAUAAUUGGAUUGACACCACAGGUUAUGUCCAUUUUAAAUAAGGACAAAAAGUUUAUUGUUCGUGUAUCUUGUAUCCGCACCAUGACGUCGGAACUGUUCAAUUUACCCAGCAAGUAUUGAUAUCAAUCGUUAAUAUCAAGUAAUAAUAAUGUCAAGUAUGUUAUAUCCUUCCCUAUUUGGAUGUAGUACCAAUAAUAAUACCAAUAAUCCCCUAUGAUAUU